AUGGACUCCGAGAUCAAUUUCGAGAGGCUUCAGAAGAAGCACACAAAGACCUUAAUUGGGUCAACUGUGAGAAACGAGAGUCCGGCUGGUGUGAGAGAUGACGAGGAGGCUGCACCAGAAGGUAAAGCAGAUUCAGAGAUGAGUGAUGAAAACCAAUCGACCAAUUUGAAAGACAAGGAAGAUGAACUAGACCGUCUUCUCAGCCAAGGAGUGGCUGAUCUUGCAUCUGAGGCCGAAGCAAUGAAGGCAAAGAUGAAGAAGCACUCAGAAGAGUUGAAAAGUGCAAAUUCCCGUCGCAGAGGAUCUGAUAUAGAGACAAUUAGGGAGGACGAUCAAGAACGUGUUGCACCCGCUGCAUCAUAUCCAGAUACUGCUUUUGCACAUGAGCCACGCUCUGUUAAGACAGGUGGAGAUGAUGGAGUUGCCGCACCUGCUAAAGUUGAGUACUUCAAGCCACACGAAAUGCCAACACCGAAGGAAAUCGUGGAGGAGGUUAAUGCUGGAAGUUACACGAGUCCUGAAAGAGAGGACAAAACGACAACUGGCAGUGACGAGUUUCAAGGAAAAAAGCGGGCACAACUUGAACAGAAAGCUGCAGAGGAGGAUGAAGAGGAGAGAAAGCUGGACAAGGAGAUUGCCAAGAAGUUGCACAUGAAUGUGACGAAACUUGGUGUGGAUGUUCCAGAUUCCACAAUUGAGAACGACUCAAUAUAUAUACCACCAGCAGCGAUGUCAGAUGGCUCAUCAUCGAGACUAUUGAGAGAGCAGGAGAGAUCACAGUCGCGCGAUCAUCAUAAAAACGAUACUGCAUUGAAAAGACCAGCCUUGCCUCAUUUGGCUAGUGGCGAAUCUUAUCACGGUGGCAUCUACAACAAGGAUUACUACAAGGAAGGAUUUCCUCUUACGGACACGCCCGAGGACUCCGAGCCGGUCGAGCGGAAGCCCAGACACGAGCCAGGCACUGUGAAAAAUCUAAAUGCUUCGUCUUUAAACUACUUGAGGUCUCUUUCGACGUCAAGAGCCCGUGCUGAUAACGAUAGGAGGGCAAUUGGCGUGGAUGUGAAUGAUCAGGAGGACUUGAAGGAAACGGGUGGUCUAAUUGGGGACGGAAACAUGACACAGAUUGCGGAUUUGGAGGAGGCCAUGGACUCUAUUCUUAGUGAAGUGUCCUCGAUUGCGAAACCUUCAGAUGAACACAAAUUGGCAGCAGGUGCCACGUUGCCACUAAGUACUGAAUCAUUGGAAAAGAAGAAGGAGAUAGAUGGAAAGAUGAAUGAGAUAGAUGAGAAGGAUGUAGAAGGGACUGCAGAAGAGAUUGCGGAGAAGAAUGUAGAAAAUACUGAAGAGAUUGAAAAGACUGAAAAGACUGAAAAGACUGCUGAAAAGAAUGUGGAAAAUACUACAGACAUUGCAGACACAUCUUCAGAAAUGAGCCAAAAACAAGCGGCUCAGGAAAAAGAUAUAGACGAGGAUACGCAGAAAAAGGAAUCUGAUGAGAGAAUUGAAGCCAAGAAAGUACCAGAAGUGACACAAAUAAAGCCUGAAAAUGUGAGUGAGAGCGAUACGACGAAAAAGCAAAACAUAAAAGAGCCGGAUUCGGAUCACCUUGGUGAGCAGGCCUCUAAGGAGAAAACGGAUACUUCUUUAAAUGCUGAUUUGAAAGAGGAUAUGGAGGAUCAUCCAAAGUCGGAAUCUGGGGAGAAAACCACAUCAGAAAAGAGAGACUCGGCGGAACUUGUUGUUAGUGGAGAAGAUAGUGCUGAAUUAAUAGUGGAUGCUGAAUCUUCUGUCAAGAAAUCUGAGAGAUCUGAACAUGUUGAGGAUGAUACAGCAACAAAAGCCUCAAAGGAGUCUGUAGUUGAUGAUUCUGCUGUGAAAGAAGAGGAAGAACGCAAAGAUGAGCCAAAAGAGCAGCAAAAGUCAAAGAAAGGCUAUGAGGAGCAAGAAAGCGCUAAAGACCAUUCAGAUGAUAGUUCUUCUUCAAAGAAUCACGAGCAGAUUAAUGAUAAUUCAGGUCUUAGUACUGAAGAUAAAGAAACAGAGCAAAAGGAUGAUGCUAAAAAGACUGAUGUGGCUUUGAACGAUAAAGGGGCCGAUGCGGAAAAGAAAACUUCAGUAAUCGAUACUAAUGUGAAAGAUAAAACAUUUGAAGACAUUGCUGAUGCUGAAUCUAGUAAAGAAGCAUCCAAAGCAGACAAGGCUAGUGAACCCAAGAGUAAAAGCGACGAUGAGGUAAUUGAGGGAUCGAAAGUAGUUGAGACAAAGACAGAUGAAUCAAAAGUAAUAGCAGAGGAUGACAAGAAAGCGGAGAAUGUAAAGAAAUCUAAUAGUGAAGUUGAUAAGGAGGAUAUCAAGGAUGACAAUAGCCAGGAAGAAAUUACAGAGACUAAUAAGGUUGAGAGUGGUGGUGAUAGCUCAAAUGCCAAAACAGAAGAUGCAAGGGAAGAAGCCAGUACAGAGAAGGAGGAUACAGAGAAGAAUGUUAUAGAGAAGAAUGAUAUAGCGAAGGACGACGCGGAAAAAGAAGAUAUAGAGGAAAAAAGUACUAAAACGGCGACCGAAAAUCAGGAAGAUGAAAAGAAAGAGACGGAUUCUGAAACAGGCGAUAAAGAUUUAGGAGAAAGUAAAGUUGCCGAGACUGAAGAUAACGCUGAAAUUAAGAGUGAUGCUAAGACCAAUGUUGAGGAGGCAACUGUUAUUGCAUCAUCUGAACCUGUUAAGGAAGAAAAAAUAGAAGAAACAGAGGAGAAAGCUGAGAAGGCCGAGGAAACUGAAAAAGAAGAUGAAACUGAGAAAACUGAAGAGAAGACUGAGGGAACUGAGAAAGUAGAAGAGAAAGCUGAGGAAACCGAGAAAGUAGAAAAAACAGAAAAGGAAGCAGAGAAUGCAGGGAAGGCAGAAAAAAACGAGAAGGCAGAGAAAACUGAAAAAGUAGAGGAAACUGAGAAAGUAGAGGAAACCAAAGACGAUGAAAAAACGGAAAAAGCCGAGAAAACUGAAGAGACUAGCAAGGAUGAGUUCGGUAAUGAUGAUAUUGAAAAGCUGAUUGCCGAAGUGGAAAGAGAGCAAAGGGCCUUGGAAAGCAAAUCACACCAAACGGGUAGUAAAGGAGGUAUUCGUGUGGCCAAGGAACAAAAGAUGACGUUUGAGGAUGAACCAGUUUAUCUCUACACGUCAUUUGCAGGUGGAAUGCAAGUUGCAUCCCGAACCCGAAGGAUGGAGACGAUUCUUGCAGCAAAUAAGAUUAAAUUUCAAUAUAAAGACAUGGGCACUGAUCCUCAGGCUAAGAGAAUAUGGAGAACUUUCUCGCAGGGUAAAGCUCUCCCCGGUAUUGUUAGAGGAAAGGAUGAUUUCAUAGGGAACUGGGAGGAUAUCGAAGAGGCUAAUGAGGAUUAUGCUGUCAGACAACUAAUUUAUGAGACGUACUAG